AUGAGCCCGCUGGAUCUCCCCAAUUUCCAGGUAGGGCAACUUCUCUGCGGCGGGUUCCAAGGAACCACCGUCACGCCCCAGGCCUACCACCUCAUUGUCGACAAUCAUGUGUCCUCCAUGAUUUUGUCCCGAAAAAACGCAGUUUCAGUGGCCCAAAUGACGAAGCUCAUCCGAGACCUCCAGUACAUUGCGUUCAGCCAGGCCAACUACAAGUACCCCAUCAUGUUCGCCAUCGAUGAGGAGGGUGGCAUGAUGAACUCGUUGUUCGACCCAGACUUCUUGACCCAGUGUCCGGGGGCCAUGGCGUUGGCGUCCACUGGCGACACCGAGUUGGUGUACGAAAUAUCCAAGGCCAUCGCCAUCGAAUUGAAGAAAAUCGGCUUCCUGAUUAUAUUGGGGCCUGUGCUCGAUGUGGUUACCAAGUUGUCGCACCAGUUGGUCGGGGUCCGUAGUUUUGGCACCACCAUCGAAUGUGUGACGAAGUACGGCUUGCUGUGCGCCAAGGGCCUCCGGGACGGUGGUCUUUUCACCGUCGGAAAGCACUUUCCAGGCAUCGGAAACGCCACUGUUGACUCGUUGCUCGAGCUCCCCAUGAUCGGAGACUCGUUGGAACAAAUCAAACAUUUCAACAGUGUUCCGUUCGCCAAGUUGAUCGAAGAGAACCUACUUGAUGGUGUGAGUGCAGCCGGCUGCGGGGUGCCCACAAUCAGUCCCGACGAAACCCACGCUUGCCUAUCCCCCGUGUUGAUCAACCAGCUCUUGAGACAGGACCUUAAAUUCAAAGGCUUUGUUGUCAGUGAGUGCUUGGAAAUGGACGCCUUGUACCAUUCCAUAGGCUUGGGCCAGGGUGUCGUGUUGGCAAUUUCUGCCGGAUGUGACUUGGUUAUGGUCUGUCACGAUUUCGCUCUACAGAAUGAGGCACUUGAGUCCAUGGAAAAAGCGAUAUCGAACGGAACUCUCGAUGAGGAAACAGUUUCGGCCAGCUUUGCCAGAAUCGAAAAGUUGCAAAAGCAGUUACCUAAGUGGUCGGAAUUGUUUCCGCGAGGAGAGGCCUCGGCCAAGGAAGACGAAAUCACAUUUUUCAAAAAUGAGUUUCCUGAUCUAUGGGCUAAGCACAAGAGGCUCUCUGAACUAGCAUAUCAAAAGUCAAUCACCUUGGUGCGUGAUUUCAACGAAACUCUACCAAUCACGAAGUUCAUAUCGGCAGGAAAGGAGAAUGUUGAUAAUAUUCUCCUCUUAACCCCCCUUCUUAAUCCAAUCUACGCUCAUUCAUCUGGUCAUGAAGACAAUAAACAGCUCUUUACCGGAGAAGAGGUGUUCCAAAAAUUCGGUGACAUGCUAUCCAAUCACAAGGUUAAUGAGUCCAAACCAUACAACGUACUUCAUACAACUUACACUGCAAACGGGCUCACUCCCUUGCAUGAAUCAUUGAUCGAAAACUCUAAAGUUGUGAUCGUGUUAACUUCUGAGGCCUCUAGAAACAUGUACCAAAUCGGAAUAGUUAAGUACGUUUCUAUCCUCUGUGGAGCUGACCCAAAUUCAUUCAAUAACUCUGCCAACGGAUCUUCCCAGUUAUCCAAACCAUUAAUUAUUGUUGCAACACUGUCACCCUAUGAUCUAUUUUAUAAUAAGACUAUUGGAAGUGCUUACUUGUGUUGCUAUGAUUACACAAAUAAUCUGUUGGAGAAGUUGGUAGGUGUAUUGAUGGGAGAUUUUGAACCGGAAGGAUGUAUACCUGGUGAAAAAAUGUUUGUUGGUAAGCUGAAGAAAGACAAAUGGUCCGGAAAGCCUGGAGAUGAAAGCGCAGACUCACACAAGAAAUUACGAAACCCAAUUCCAAAAAGGAGAUGGUUGGUUGAUGAGUUUGAAUUAGAUCGCGACUGGCCUGGUCUUGUUAAAUUGUGGAUGAACAAUAACAUUGAUACCGAUGUUGCAACCAUGGGAAACAACAAGAUCGAUUAUCGCAACGAGAACUUCUUCAAGAAGAUGUAUGGGCUUUUAGCAGCAUCUUCUAAAACACAGCGUCAUUUUGUGGUCAGAAAUUCGUCACUUAACAUCUUGUAUGGUGUAGUUUUGACAUGGCUACAUGAUCAGGUUGCUUUGGAUGGUGACCUUACAAAAGAGGAAUCUCAGAGUAUCGGCUCUAUUAUGUACCUUUUGGUUGACAAGUCGAAGACAUCCCAAAGCAUAGGUAAAAAUCUCCAUUCUAGAGCUAUGAGAUAUCUCAUAAAAGAGCAACAUUGCAAGAAAAUAACGUUAGGAACUUCAUUUCCCUUGUUUGUUUUCCCGGAGAACUCCAAUCUUUCGCUCUUGCCCAACAAUACUAAAGUGAUCUCAUUCAUGCACAAUUUGGGAUGGGAUAUUGUGCACAAGGACUUGAGAAAGAAGUAUGUGAUGGUGUUGGACGGGUUAGAGAAAUGGCUGGUACCAAAGAAAAUAUUCAGGGAAUUGAUGAUAGUUGGAGUGAGAUUCGAUAUUUGCAGUGAUCCGGAGAAAUUAAUGAAGCUUAUCGACAGGUCGAUUCGCGACCUGGCCAAAGGCACCCAAGAGCAAGAGGAAAUUGAGAGCAUAAAAAACUUAUACUUGGAGGCUAUCAAGCAUUUAGGAAGCAGUUCCCCAUUUGGGGUAAAGAUUAUCAUUGCCUUGGAGCCCACAAACCAAAGUGUGAUUGGAAGUAUUAUUCUAUUCACCAACAAGUCGCCCCUUGCUAGGUUCUAUCCAUUCAUGGACGAGUGUGUAGUGGGGGGUACUCCCAAGAACACUCCCUUGACUGGAGGUAUCGUGGGACCUGUGAUUGACCCUCUGUACUCCAACUUGACGGAAAUCUUCAAGUAUGGGUUGAUAUGCAGUGGAAUUACAUUCCUCAAGUCCAACUUGAACGACGGCGAGGUUGUGAUGAACCAAUGUAUUAUGGUAGGGGUCAACGAUGACAAGUCCAUCAGUGGAGUCAAGGAAAUCGGGUUCCAUGAGUGGAAGUACUACUACGACUAUUAUGAUCUCAAACAGGAUUCAGAGAAAGCGUUCAAGACCAAGCAUUAG